CCUCAGCCUCCCAAAGUACUGGGAGUACAGGAAAACAAAAAUGUCAAGUUGUCCUCCAGAUGGAAUUAUAUUUUGGAGCCUAUGUCUCAUACCAACAUUCAGUGGUUGAGAGAAACAGAAGGAAAUUUCUGGGACAAAAACAAUUUGCUGUUUUGGGAACAAUUCUGACCUGCCUUGGUUUUCUAGCUCCUGCCAAUCGAGGUGCUUUAAUGACCUGUGCUGUUGUGCUACGGUUCCUUCUGGGAAUGCCUGCUGGAUACAUGGCUGCUAAAAUGCAUAACAGAUCAUCAGCUGCCAUCUCCUCUGGAACUGCACUACGUAUGUUGGAGACAUGGUUUGGAAUUUCAGUGCCACUAAAACUUUUUGGUGCAUACCUUGGACACAGGAAAAAGGAUUUUCAUGGGUGGUGGAGAGCUUUUCUUACCAGUGGCUUGACAGUUGUGUAUUUGCUAUCAUUACUUCUUCACCGAACUUCAAAUCACAGAUAUUGCAAGCACCAUUUUGUACAUUGGGUACACCAUGAUGCUGGUGCUGAUUUUCUUCUUUUUGACAGGGACGAGUGGAUUUUUGUCUUACUUCUGGUUUAUUUCUACAAUCUACACUGUGGUGAAAGUGCAUUAAAGAAUUUCUCACAAUGCUCCCAGGCACAUCAUCCUUGCUUUUGAAUAUCUACGUAUCUCUAAGAACUUCUGUAGAGAUACAUAUGUAUGCCCCUAAUUAUAUACAUAAAUGUGAAAUGUCAUUGUCUGAUAUCAGGUUCUAUGAUUGACUGUGUGGAAGAAAACGGGUUGGGAGGCAGAUUUCUUCUAAGUCAGAGUUUUCUGAAAAGGCAAAGGGAUUUAAUGUAGAGCAGUUAUAAUAAAGGAGGCACAUUUCUUCUAAAAAAUUAAA